AUGCGCAGGCGUAUCUUCUUGAGUGGGGAUUGGUGGGCGAUGGGGCGGGACGGGGCGGGACUCCCGACACGGCGCACGCUCUGUGGGCGCAGAGGGCGGAGCUGCCGGUACCAGUUGGUCCAAGCGUUGGGGCCUGAGGCGUCUUCGCGAUCCCUCCCACUCCCAGCGCCUUCAACGGCAGACCAUUCAUCAAGGACUUUGUACCCAAGACCCAAAAGCUUGUUACCCGAGAUGAUGAAUGCUGACAUGGAUGCAGUGGAUGCUGAAAAUCAGGUGGAACUGGAGGAAAAAACACGACUUAUUAAUCAAGUGUUGGAACUUCAACACACACUUGAAGACCUCUCCGCAAGAGUAGAUGCAGUUAAGGAAGAAAAUCUGAAGCUAAAAUCAGAAAACCAAGUUCUUGGACAAUAUAUAGAAAACCUCAUGUCAGCUUCUAGUGUUUUUCAAACAACUGACACAAAAAGCAAAAGAAAGUAAGGGAUUAACAUCCCUUCUGUUUUAUGGAAUUGCUGCUGAUCUUUUUUUCUUUAAAACCUGGAUAGAUUUAAAAAGUUAUAGUACUUUUGUUUGUGGCUUAAUUGAAUAUUUAUGAAGAUAAUGUCAGAUCUAGGCAAAAUUAAGAGCAUAACGGAAGACUUAAUGAGUUUGUGUAUAUGUUAGUCUAUGAAAAUGUGCAAAUGUAGAGACUUUAUAAUUAGAAAUGCAUAUAUUUAUGAAACUUGAAAAUAAUGUUUUAUCAAAUUUGCUUUGAUUUAUAGGUUUAGCACUGUCUUUUAUUAUAGGCAUAGUAAGAGAUAACAGGAAAAUAACCACCGUGUUGUGAAAAGUGACCAAAAUCAUGUACUGAACGCACAGCUUUAUGUACCCUGUCCACCAUGUUGUGCCUCUUCUCCAUUUGCUUCCUUUCCAUUUCCCUUCCCCUAAGGAAAAAAUUGGUUUUACAUUUGUAAAAGUAAUUUUAAUAGUUAAUCAUCUGUGAGAGUAACCUGAGCUUGAAUUGUUGAAACUUACUAAAAUAAGAUACUUUCUCAGUUAGGGCUUCUCAUAGUUAAUAAUAAGAUAGGAUUGUUGGUUUCUCUUUAAUCAGUUGAAAACAGAGGCUAUAAAUAUGAAGACUUUUCUUUGCAACUGAAUUGUCAAAUUGGGAAGGCUUGGUUGUUAUAACCUUCCUUUUGCACAAAAUGUGGAGAAAGAUUAGUAUCUGGAAAGAUGAGCUCUGUUUAUACAUUUGGAAUAGAAAAUUUUGAGAAAAACAUUAAUAGGAUGGGAAAGGUACUUGGCAAACAGUAGUAACCAACUCCAAAAUGUUUUUACUCCAGAUUUGUAUGAUCUCUGACACAGACUAGAUAUAUAUGUGUGUGUGUAUAUAUGUAUAUAUAUACAUAUAUAUAUCUGAGAAAGUAGAUUAAAUGUGACUAACCUUAUGUCAACCACAUCUGGAAGAGAACAGUUACAAAAAGUUUAGUCUUAACUUUUAUUUGUAGUACCCAGCAGAUCAACUUUUGCAAAAUCCCUUUAGGGUGUAUUAGUAUCAGAAUCAUGAAUAAUAAAAUGAGAGAGUUUUACAUGUAUACUAGAUGUUAUUUACUCAGUAUUUAAUCUCACCACUUCUCCCAGAAUUUUCUGUAAACCUAACUACUUGGUUUGCAGAGUUUUAGUCACUCUUUUACGGUUUCUAAAAAUUUAGUUUGUAGAUUCCAUCUGGUAAGAAAAUUAGUAUCAGAAGUAAUGUUAAAAUGUUAAAUAGGAAAAGAGAUCCACUGAUACAGUUUUGGUUGUUAGAUUUGGGCUUUUAAUCCUGGAAUAAUCUUAUGUUUGUACUGGUGUACGAUUCAAUGAAUGACUUUAGCUGUAUGAAUAUAAUAGUUAUACUGCAAAUAUUUUGCAUCCCUUUUGUGACCUAAUUUACAAACAUUUAAAAUUGUGUUGCAAUUUUGCUUUGCUGUUUAAUAAAAAGCUGUUUCAGA